AUGGGCAUCAUCUUUCUUGUAGUUGUCUUAAUAGCUUUAAUAUGGGUGUUUUUCUUAUUUAAGGAAAGAAAAGAUCCAAGAGCUCAAUUGUGUCUCCCACCCGGUCCUAAACCAUGGCCCGUAAUUGGUAACCUCUUGAUUCUUAUGAAAAACAGACCGGUUUUUCGUCAAAUGCAUGACAUCAUGUCGAAAAUGGGAGUUGAGAUAUGUUGUUUCCGACUAGGAAAAACCAAUGUAAUUGUUGUUACCUCUCCGGAAGUAGCAUGUGAAUUUCUAAGGAAACAUGACGCGGUUUUUGCUUCACGUCCUGAUUUUCUAUCAGCAGAGCUGGUCGGCAGUGGAUUUUCUGGGAUUGCUUUGACACCUUUGUGUGACCAAUGGAAAAAGAUGCGCCACGUCUUUGUCUCGAGAAUCUUCUCGCCAACUUCCCUACAACUAAUGCAUGAUAAGAGAGUCGAGGAGUUUGACAAUAUUGUCCACUAUGUCGGAAAUGUUAUCAAGAACAAUGAGGGCUUGGUGAAUGUUAGGCUUGUCGCACGACACUUAUGUGCAAAUGUGAUGAGAAAAAUGGUUUUCAACAAGAGAUUUUUCGGAAAAGGGACUCAAAGUGGAGGGCCUGGAGUCGAGGAAGAGGAGCAUGUGGAUAUGAUUUUCACUAUGCAAAAAUAUGUAUACUCUUUUUGCAUAACUGACUAUGUUCCAUUUCUUCGACGACGAUUGGAUCUUGACGGCCAUGAAAAAGCAACCACACAUGCAUUAGAGAAUGUAAGAAAAUAUCAAGACCCCGAAAUAGACUUGAGAAUUAAACAAUGGAAGAAUGGAACUAGAAGAGAAAAACAAGACCUUCUUGACAUUCUAAUCACUCUUAAAGAUGACAAAUGUAACUCUCUAUUAACCACGGAGGAAAUUAAAUCACAAGUUAUGGAUAUCAUGCUAGGAAUUGACAAUCCAUCCAACGCAGUUGAAUGGGCUCUUGGGGAAUUGAUAAAUCAUCCCGAGUUAUUGGAAAUAGCUACUCAAGAACUAGAUCGGGUUGUUGGGAAGGAACGUCUCGUCCAAGAAUCUGACAUACCCAAUCUUAAUUACAUUAAAGCUUGCAUGAAAGAGUCUCUACGUCUCCACCCAGUUGCUCCAUUUAAUUUGCCACAUGUAUCCGUUUCUGAUACGAUAGUGGCGGGUUACUUUAUACCAAAGGGAAGCCACGUUUUAUUGAGUCGUCCUGGUCUAGGACGAAACCCUAGGAUUUGGGAUGAACCACUUCGGUUCAAGCCAGAACGUCACCUUAAAGAUGAUGGGUCUCAAGUGAACUUGUAUGAUCCAAAUCUCCAUGUGUUUUCGUUUGGUAUUGGACGACGUCAAUGUGCUGGAAUACACUUAGGAUCCAUAAUGUCGAUAAUACUUUUAGCUCGUCUCAUCCAAGCCUUCACAUGGCGCCCAACAUCAAACACUAGUUGUAUUGAGCUAAUUGAGGGGCUUGAUCAUAUGUUCAUAUCCAAGCCUUUACAUGCCUUUGCAAUGCCACGCCUCAAUAAGGAUCUAUAUUAG